CCCACAACCUCCAUCACCAGAAAAUCGAACUUCUCAACAGAAAGCAACACCAAACCUUCAAGCUUUCAGCCUUUUCCUCCAAACCCAGAAACCCAUUUGAGAAACCCGACCCGAUUUCCCGAUGGGUUUCGCCGCCACCAAAACCCCCGAAGAAAACUCCGAAUCCAGCCUCCUCCUCCUCCUCCCGACCACCACCACUCCUAGCGGCGCCGCCGCACCCAAUAAAAUCCCAAACGACCCGUUCCACCUAACCUACAUCAUCUACUUCACUCUCGGCCUCGGCUACCUCCUCCCAUGGAACGCCUUCAUCACCGCCGUCGAUUACUUCACCUACCUCUACCCUGACGUCAGCGUCGACCGUGUCUUCUCCGUCGCCUACAUGCUCGUCGGCCUCGUCGUCCUCCUCGUCAUCGUCUUCUACGCCCAGAAGUCCGCCGCGCACGUCCGGAUCAACGUCGGCCUCGGCCUCUUUGUCGUGUCCCUACUCAUCGUCCCGGUCAUGGACUUGGUUUACGUCCAGGGCCGGGUCGGGUUGUACGACGGGUUCUACGUGACCGUCGCCGCCGUUGCGCUUUCCGGCCUGGCGGAUGCUCUCGUCCAAGGCUCGCUGAUCGGCGCGGCCGGGGAGUUGCCUGAGCGGUAUAUGCAGGCCAUAGUCGCCGGCACUGCUGGCUCAGGAGUACUUGUGUCGUUUUUGAGGAUUCUAACGAAGGCUGUGUAUCCGCAAACUGGUGAGGGGCUAAGAAAGAGUGCAAAUCUCUAUUUUGCUGUGGGGAUAGUUGUCAUGGUGAUAUGCAUUGUGUUCUACAAUGUGGCGCCGAGGAUUCCGGUGAUGAAGUACUAUGAAGAGUUGAAGAUUCAGGCUGUGAAUGAGGAGAAGGAGCUGAAAGGUCCUCUGACGGGGUCUGCGCUGAGAUCAACGCUAUGGUCUAUAGUUGCGAGUGUCAAGUGGUAUGGCAUCGGGAUCCUGCUUAUCUACAUUGUGACCUUAUCGAUAUUUCCGGGGUAUAUUACUGAAGAUGUGCACUCUGAGCUUCUUAAGGAUUGGUACGCGAUCAUCCUUAUUACUGGUUACAAUGUGUUUGAUCUGGUUGGCAAGGUGCUGACUUCGGUAUAUCUCCUCGAGAACUCCAAGGUUGCAAUUGGAGGCACAGUUGCCAGAUUGCUCUUCUUUCCUCUGUUCUAUGGGUGCUUGCACGGCCCAGCGUUCUUCCGAACAGAGAUUCCUGUGACUAUACUGACUUGCCUUUUGGGGCUUACUAAUGGCUACUUGACGAGCGUGCUGAUGAUUUUGGCUCCCAAAGUUGUCCAAUUACAACACGCCGAGACUGCAGGGAUUGUGAUUGUGUUGUUCUUGGUUGUGGGAUUGGCUGCUGGUUCACUUGUAUCUUGGUUCUGGGUCAUCUGAAUUUCGCAAACUGUAAUAUAUUGAAGACUGAUGGUGCCUGCAUAUCACAGCUGGGAAUGGGAGUUCAGUUUCACUUUCUUCUGCUUCUGUACAUCUGUGUAACUCAAUUGUUGACAAUGUUAUCUUGCUUUCAUUGAAUGUAAAUGGUUCAUCUUUGAGUUGAGAAAUUCUGGAUGAUGAUUUACUUGUGGUAUCAAGGGCCGACUAAAAUCGUGCUCGCUUGGCUUUCAACUCAAACUAAUAUUUC